CCUCACACAGGAUCUCCUCGCGGUUCCAUCUGCCGCAUAGUUAGUCACCGUGUGCGGCUUACGACAUCAAUCACGUCAAAUGCCUCGUCUUCUCCUUCCCGCCUGAGAUCAGCACCGGAGCGAGGCCUCGGAUCCCAUCAAUCCUUGGCAUUGUCACUCAACUCGCCAGCCCGGACGGUAUACAUUACACACCGAUCACCUUUCUCUAGAUAGAGUGCAUCCUUAUUCUAUCCAUCUAAAGAUAGAAUAAGCCAGGACAAUGUUCCGAUCGACAGGAACGAUCGCUUCGCUAGACCGCCGUUGGCAGCGUUACAUUGUCCCAUAGCGGGAGGGCGCUCGUGAUGAGGAAAGCGGAGAUGGUCAUGGAGAGAGAGAAAGCGAGGGAGAGCAAAUUCGACCCCGAUCCCUCGUACAGAAACCCUACUACGCUUCGAAGGAAAUGAUCGGCAAGCCACAAUGAUGUGGGAGAAGAAAAAGCGCCACAAAGAGAGCGACACAAGGAUAGAAAGAGAGAUGCGCGGCCCGUGUGUCCGCCGUCGGCCUGACGUUACAGCACAAGAAAUGACAGGCCUUGAUGGUGGUGAUGAUGAUGAUGAUGAUGAUGAUGAUGAUGAUGAUGGGACGGCGCAUAUGAUGUGUGGCAUUUCUGGGCGUUCUCGGCUUGCAGGAGUUGGAGGCAGAAGGCGUUCGACGGGCGGACGGCCCUGUCGGCUACAGGCGGAAUGGGCUUCGACAAAACAUCCAAUCCAAUUGAAUAAGGUACAGCAGGUCCAUGUCGCCGAUCAUUGCCACACUGACUGAUGGACUUGACGGACUGACGUAUCGUUACA